AACAGUUGAACUAAAUAUGUCCAAAAACCACCAACACCCACCCUCUUAAUACCCAUCUUAAUUUUACCCACCACAAACCAUGGCCACAGAAGACUUUAGCUUCCCUACCUUCACCGACACCACCUCCUCCGCCAUCGACUCUCCGCCUUUAUGGAGGUUGUCUCCGGCAACUUCUCCUGAUUCUUGCCAUAGAGCCACAAAAACUAAAGAAGAAGAAGAAGAAGAAGAAGAAGAAGAAGAAGAAGAAGACAGUGACAAAGAAGAAGACUACCAAGAUUGUUUUCCAACUCACGAACCCACCCAAAGAUGGAGUUUUUCAUGGGUAGAGCGAGUAGGUAGGGGUGCAAAGUUGAAAGACGAAGAAGAUGGAGAGGAAAAGAUGGACAUGUUAUGGGAAGAUUUCAAUGAAGAAUUGUCGAUGAAAAGAAGCAGGAGUUUAUCAAGAAUUGACGAUUCUGAUCGUCAUCAUAUGGUUAACAUGGGAUGUGUUCAUCAGUUUAAAUCUUUGAGAUCGUCGAAAAAAACUAGUAGUAAUGCCAUGGUUUCACCUAGGAAGCCUCCUGCAACAUCAACUGCAGGUUUUGUUGUGUUCAUGAAAGUUUUGAAGAAGCUUUUCUUGCUUCAUAAUUCUCAUCAGCCCCAUGUUUCUGUUCAUCAAAACCACCGCUCUCGCAUCAGGAGAGUUGAAAAUGGAUCAUGGUGAUCAUGGUUUUUUAUUCUUUAUUUCUCUGUUCUAUGUAUUCUUGGCCAUAUUGCUCCAUUACAGUUACGGAGCCAAAAGAUGAAGAUGAAAAAUAAAGAAGAAGUUUCAAUAGCUCCAAUAAUCAGCACUGGCAAUAGCAGCCUGCAUUGUCUAGCUCAAUAGAGAAUUAUCAAGAUUUAAACUCUUAGCUUUCA